UUUCCUAGAGACCCUAUAGUAAACAGAGAUGCGAAAAACAGUCACGUGAUCGUAAUAUUUCUCUGAUUGGCUAGAGUUUUUCGCACGUAAUUUAAACUCGCGUAGCUUUGUAGUGCGACUACUGUCAACAUUGAUUCUUGCGAAAAAAAGUAGUAAGUCAUCCUUUUUAAUGUUUUUUGAAUACAUUAUUAUUUCUUUGCAUACUAUAUAUAGAUUUUACAUUCACGAUGCCAACCUGUUGUAUUGCAUAUCGUUGUAAUAAUAAUAGCAAUAAAGGUUAUGCCUGCUUUAAUUUUCCAUCGGAUGCAGAUCUUUGUAAGAAAUGGGUAAUUGCUUUAAAUAAAAGUUCCGAAUGGCAACCCACACCUUCGCAACGAAUUUGUGAAGUACAUUUCGAUCGAAAAGACAUAGCGUUCAUCGCUAGAAGGAAACAAGUAUGUAAAGAUGCCGUACCACGUUACUUCUGUACGUGUCCAUAUACAAAAAAAAAUACUGAAAUUACUGGCGAAUUACCAAAAUUGCAAAAUUGUCCGUCCUUAUCUUUAGAAGAAGAGGAAAUCUUGUACAAGAUGUGUGGAUAUGUUGUCCAUAAGUUGCAAUCAAAGAUAAAAUGUAAUGUAUGCUAUAAUAGUUUAUUACACCGGGGACUUGUAGAUCAUCCCAAAGCUGGACUUUUACUUGUAUGUGAAUUUGUACAAGAUGCAUUAGUGCGAGUAUCUGAUGAAGUAUAUCAGAUUCUUCAUGGCGCAGAAUUAAUUCUAAUGGCUUCUCAGAAUGUAUUUAAAGAUUUAGAAGAGUCACUUUAAAAUAUUUUGGAAUAUCAUUUAAUAAAAGAAUUAUCUUCAUUUCCAUUAUCUACAUGUCACGACCAAAGACAAAUAUUAAUUUCAAGAUUUCUUAAUAUGCGAUUACAUCAAUUAUCACAUUGUCAAGAAAGUAAUAGGAAUACUGCUUUCGCUAGUAAGAGCAUGGGUUCAAGAUUACUUGCUGACUCUUUUAACCCACACCACAAAUAGCUUUAACGUAAAGCGCAAAUUUUUUAUUUCAAAUAGAUAUAUUCUUUCACAAUUGU